AUUUACCUUAAUUAGCUAAAUUUUCAAAUUCUAUCGAGUUUUUCUCGUCUAACGUAUCGUUCAAAUCGUUUUAAAAAAAAUGAACAAUAAUUUAUUAAAACCAUCCGAAAAAUUAACUUGCCAGCCUUCUAUAAUAAUCAAACCGGUGAAAAAAAGAUGGAUAAUUCUAACAAUCUACGUUUAUUACACGUGCUUCAAUUGUUUGCAAUUCAUCGAAUACGCCAGCAUAUCGAAUUUGGUGGUGAAAUAUUACAAAGUUAGCACGAUCGCAGCCGAUUGGACAUCGACGAUUUAUUUGGCCGCUUAUCCAUUGCUCGCCAUACCAGUUUCUUACAUUAUCGAAAAGAAGGGCCUACGAUUGGCGGGGUUGAUAGGAUGUAUAGGAACCUUUAUAGCGACAUUCAUUAAAAUAUUUUCCGUCGGUACUAAUUUAUUUUGGGUACUGAUGCUCGGUCAAACCGUCGCCGCUGUUUCGCAGUUAUUCAUUAUGUGUUUGCCGCCUAAAAUAGCUUCCAUUUGGUUCAAAGAAAACGAGGUAUCGACUGCCUGUUCCUUGGGAGUAUUCGGUUAUGAUAUGGGAUAUCUACUAGCGUAUAUCUUACCCACUUCACUAGUACACGAUUCUGAUAAUUUAAACGAUAUAGGCGAGGGUUUGAAAAUAUUGUGUUGGGUUUUAGCGGCUUUGAUGGCGCCCGUUACAAUUCUAGCGUUAUUAUGCUUUCCGGAUGAACCCAAAUACCCGCCUAAUCAAGCACAGGCCACGCUGAGGCAAAUCAGGCAAUCUCACAAGUUCCAAAAAAUCUCCUAUUUAUCCACGUUGAAAUCGUUGUUGGCAAAUAAGGGCUUCGUUAUCCAUUUGUUGGCUUACAGUAUUAAUUUUUCCAUAGCGAACGUGAUAAUCGUUUUCUGGAGUCAAUUAGUUUUGCAAUAUUUUCCGGGAGCCGAACAAGAUGUGGGCUGGAUGGGAUUCGGGUUCAUCGUUGCUGCCAUGGUAGGAACCAUCAUAUUCGGGUUAAUUUUGGAUAAAACCCGCAAAUACAAACAAUUAAAUUUGUUAAUUAACGUUUGCCAAACGAUUGCUUUUCUACUCGUAAUGUUAUCGUUGAAAUUCGAAUCGAAAAUCGCUGUUUACCUCACCAUCUGUUUGUUCGGCUUCUUCGCCGGUCCUUACGUCUCGGCAGGCUACGAAUUCAACAUAGAACUCACCUAUCCAUUGGACGAAUGCACAUCAAUGAGUAUGGUAAUGGCAUCGGUGCAAACCUGCGGCACCGUACUGAUAGUAUCCUCCGGUUAUUUGAUGCAAGUAAUGGACACGUUCCACUUUCUGGUUGUUUAUUUGGCCUGUUUAGUUGUUGGCACGGUCAUUUUGCUGUACGUGCCCGACGAUUUGCGGAGACAACAGGCCUUCCGGCCCGUUCCACGAACCGAUAUCGACGAUGUCAUUAUGUAAUCGUUUGAACGAAAUUUACGAAACGUACUAACGAACUCUUAGAAGUUUUGUACGUCAAGUAGUUUGGGAAUAAUAAAAGAAAUUCGUUGUUUUUUGAUAAAAUUUUACUAGCGAUAAUUGUGUGCGUUACCUAUAUCUAAAAAACUACGAAAUAUAGAAAUAAAUAUUAUACGAA